AAGGUCAUUUGGAUUUAAUAAACAUUGAUAAGUAUGAAAUAUAAAUGUCGCCAACCUCUCAUAUUCGAUUUAUUGAUUCAGGCAUUCAUAAUUAAUUUUCAUUCAAGUCCUCUGCGUAGGAAUAAGAAUGUGGCAUUACUCUAGCAAAUGAGAUAUAAUCCUUUACCUAAAUUGUGUCAAGCAUUGAAAUGAAAGUUAAAUUUGAAGGAAAGGUUUGUGGAGUGUGUGGCGAUAAAGCCUUAGGUUGCAACUUCAAUGCCAUAACAUGUGAGAGUUGCAAAGCCUUUUUCAGGAGAAAUGCAUUGAUACAGAAAGAUUUCAAAUGUCCAUUCAGUGAACAUUGUACAAUAACACCUGUUACCCGACGAUUUUGCCAAAAAUGUAGGCUGGACAAGUGCUUUGCUAUAGGAAUGUGUAAAAAUUUGAUAAUGUCUGCUGAAGACAAGGAGAUGAAACGGAAAAAAAUAUUGGAGAAUCGAACCCGAAAAAGGAUGGGCUUGGGGGCAUUCAAAAAAGGUUUCAAAAAGGUGAAAAAAGAUUUGAACGUGACAGACGAAAUAUCAAUUCAAACUAGUGAAGAACAAGAUGAUGACGAAGUAUCCUUACAAGCCCCAACUGUAUCACCUUCACAAAAUAAUCAUAAUGUUAGUAGUGUUGUAACUGAUGAAAUUCAGUUGAUAUCACCAAAUGAUACACAAAUAGUAUCCUCCAGUGAUGAGGUUUCAAUGAUAAGAAGUAUUUUGAAUAACACUCCUCAGAAGAAUCAGAAUUUCCAUCAGAUUGAAAGAAACUCUGAAUCUAAUAUUCAUCCAAAUAUCCAAACUGAAGAAAAUGUCAUAACUGAGACUAACAAUGAUAAUAGUAUUUAUAAUAUAAGAAAUAUCUCCUCUUCUAAUGAUGACUUAUCUGAUAUCACUAAAGAUGAGAUAGAUGAUGUAGAAAAUUCUUCGAGUGAAGCCAACUCACUUGAAACCAUAUUAUGUGAGGCAAUCAAAUUGGAAUACCAAACCUUCUCUCCAGUCAACCACAGUAAUUCCAAAGAAUUGAAUGAUGCUGAAAGAGCAAAAUUGAAUGAACUGAUUGUAGCUAAUAAAGUUUUGUCAGCACCUUUCGAUGAAGACAUAGAGAAUAGCCUUCUUGGACAACUAAGGGAUCCUCAUGGUAAACUAGAAGCCGACCCUGCUCUCUUGGAUGUAAUAAAUUUGACUGCUAUUGCAGUGAGGAGACUUAUAAGAAUGGUUAAAAAAAUUAAUGCCUUCAAAAGCAUGUGCCAGGAAGAUCAAGUUUGUCUCUUGAAAGGUGGAGCAAUAGAAAUAAUGAUCUUACGAAGUGCUAUGAAUUAUGAUUCGAAAAACAAAUCAUGGCAGAUACCUAAAAAACAACAAAGCAUCAACUUAAAUGUAGAAAUUCUGAAACAAGCCAAAAAUAAUGCCUAUGCAGAACAUGAAAAAUUCAUCAAAACUUUUGAUCCAAGGUGGAGAUCAGAUGAAAAUAUCAUUUUAAUAAUGUGUGCUAUAGCUUUGUUCACCCCAGACAGGCCUAGGGUGGUGCAUCAAGAGGUGAUAAAAUUGGAACAAAAUUCCUACUAUUAUCUUUUGAGAAGAUACUUAGAAUGCACCUAUCCAGGCUGUGAAGCUAAGUCAACAUUCCUCAAACUCAUGCAGAAAAUAUCGAAAUUGCACCUUCUCAAUGAAGAAUUGAUUAAUAUAUAUCUAGAUGUAAAUCCAUCUCAAGUAGAACCGUUACUCAUCGAAUUAUUUGACUUGAAACCUUGAUUAUAUAAGUACAAAUUACUCCACAAAAAAUGGCUGUUUAUAGAAGAAUAUUUCUUCAAAAGGCACUUGUGCAAUAUUUAUAGAAAGGUCCUGUCAUUUAGUCUUUUGAUUGUUGAAUAUAAUUAAAUAUUUUAAUUUAAUGUUAGUGAAGCAACUAUGUAUUACAAAUGAAUUGAAAAGCUAAUUUGGCAAUAUUAUGUUAUUGUUUUGUAUAAAUUUAUUCUUUCUAAUUAUGUGUAGCCAAUGUAUCCAGCAAAGAGGUAUUUCUGAAUCAAAAAAUCGAUUCUGAAUGAAAAAAAAUGUUCCAAGGAGCAACUGCAAUAUUAUUUCCGUCCUGUGACUCCCGUUUCAUAUAAAUCUACGGUAUUUUAUUGUGUAGUACAUAAUUGUUUCAUAUUGAAUUCAGGAAAUAAUUUUAUUUCAAGUUAUUGAUGAUUACGCACUAUAUGUAUCAGAUCAAAUGUAAUAAAUAAAUUUAUAUUUGUU